AUGACCUUCAACAAGUCCCUUCUCCAGCCUUGUCCUGUUCUCAGACCCAACGAUGCUGAAUUCAAAAGUCCUAUUCAGUACUUAUCUAGCCCUGACGUGCGGGCCUUGGGUGAAAAAUAUGGCUUGUUGAAAAUCGUGCCUCCCUCUGGUUGGAGACCGCCGUUCUCCUUAUCGCCAAACUUCACAUUCCACACGAGAAUUCAAAAGCUCAGUGAUUUGGGAAUAACGACAAGAAGCAGAAAAUUCUUCACCGAUAAUAUGAAUAGAUUCUACAGAAUGAUGCGCCGCAGCGAGUUGAAGCAGUGGUUCAGGGCAGGAGAGAAGAAGCUCUACUUCUACGACUUGUACUUGGCCGUGCUCAAUAAACAUGGGGAAUCCCCGGAUUUUGACAAUAUUUCGAAAGAUGAUUUGGCAAAGUUGAACCUCUUGUUCGGGCUUAACGCCGAAUCCCGAAUCUUGGUGGAUCAGUGGCAGUACAAUGUCAAGCAGUACGCCGAGUACCUCUCUACCAACAAGGGGAACUUUGACUUUCCAGAAAGUGACCCAGAGGAUGAAGGUGCUUGUCUCGUUUGCCGCAAGAACCAUUCUCCGACUCUGACCUUAUUAUGUGAUCACUGCAACAACCCUUAUCACAUGAAGUGUCUUCAGCCGCCACUUGAGGAGAUUCCGCUGGGAUCGUGGUACUGCGAUAGAUGCUUAGUGGGUAACGGAGCCUAUGGUUUUGAGGAAAGACCCGAAAUCAAGUACAGCAUUUGGGAUUUUGUGGGACAGUGCAAACAAUUCGAGGACAAGUUCCUUUCACAGUAUCAAACCGAGGGAAAACCUCUUCUGUUGGACGACAUUGAACGAAUUUUUUGGAGUUUGGUGGAGGCGGAAAACUCCGACAUCAAAGUCAAGUAUGGCGCCGACAUCCACAAUCUCAAACCUGGAGAAAUCAGUGGUUUCCCCACCCCUGAGGUACCACAAUCACCAUACGACCCAAAUGCCGACUCCUCUCGCUAUAUCAAUGAUCCUUGGAAUUUGACCAAGCUUCCAUUUGCUGAAGGGUCCUUGCUCAACUAUAUCAACAGCAGUAUCUCUGGAAUGACCGUUCCAUGGAUCUAUGUUGGUUCGCUCCUUUCUACAUUCUGCUGGCACGUGGAGGACCAUUAUACCUUGUCCGCCAACUACUGCCAUUUCGGUAAUGUGAAGAAAUGGUAUGGAUUUCCUAGCAGCCAUGCUGACGCUUUCGAGCUGAUCAUGAAGAAAUCUGCACCAGAUCUUUUCCAGAGGCAGCCUGACUUGCUACAUCAGCUUGUCACUUUGAUAUCCCCAAGUGAGCUUGCUGAAAAGGGCAUUCCUUGCGUUUAUGCUGACCAAGGACCCAAUGAGUUUGUGGUGACAUUCCCCAGAGUUUACCAUGCUGGAUUUAACAGCGGCUUUAACUUCAACGAGGCAGUCAACUUUACCAUGGAUUCAUGGCUAGAGCUAGGGGAGAAGUCUAUUCAAGAUUACAGAUCAAUCAAGAAGGAGAAUGUUUUUGACCAUUGUCAAUUGGUGGAAAAUAUCUUGAGCAAGUUUAUCCGAGGAGAUAAGGAUAUCACGAUGGACCGCAUGAAGCUUGUGGAGCAGUCCAUUAGAUGUUACGAAAGAAUCAUGGGAAGAAAUAUGAGCUUGGUGAGCGAUCUAGAUAAGGAGAGAUUCCUGGCAGCCAAGGCCAAGAAGAAAGGAAAGAAGAACCUCAACUCCACCCCACUCACCCCAGGUCCAGAAGUCAGCACUAGAAGGGUCGCUGAUCUUGACGAAGAAGACGAUGUAUUAUGUGAUGUUUGCCGGACAUACGCUUCGUACCAAUACUGCAACAUAAAUAACCAGGCACACCGUUUUGGUAAAUGGUAUGGAGGCAGAAAGAAGAAGGAGGCUCACACGCUAGAGGUGAAAGAUCUCCUUACGCGAGAAGCUUCGCCUAAUAAACUCCAGGAGCUUAACGAUGACGAGAAGGCUAAUUUCGUUGCGUCUACGAUUUCCGCAGGCAAGCUAGGGGAGCUUCAAGAAAAGGUGCCAUACAAUGAAGAAUUCGACAAACUCAUAAAGCAGGCAAAGAGAAAGGCCGACGAAGAAGAGGCAUCCGGAGUCAAAAGAAGAAGGCAUUCCUCAAGAAUCCUGCAAAAGAGUCAGCUGCCUGAGACAGUCAAGGAGGAAACCGAGGUGGUUGAGCACAAAGACAUGAGCCAGAUGAAGAAAGUUCAAUACAACAGUUUAUUCAAGCAGCUCAAUCGCUUGGACAAUGUCAAGUUGUGUCUCGAAUGCUGCGUUCUGGUUUGCGGAGAGCGUGGAAAGAAAGCACCCCGGGGAUCUCUCGUGGUGUUUGAAAAGUCUUUUGAAGAAAUGGAUCAGAUCUUGACUGCUGCCAAGCAAAGAUAUUACGAAGUGAAGAUGGGAGGUGUGAAGGCUCGAGAUGUAGCUGUGCCAGCUGAUACGACAGUGAAGACGGAGGUGGUAUACGCUUUCACCGCUGCUAAGAGAAACUUCAUGUUCAACCGGUCCUUGGCCACCGCUGCCGCUGGCAGUGGUAAGGUUAGAGCCGUCAUUGGUGCCGUCGUUGACGUCCACUUCGAUGAUGGUAACUUGCCAGCCAUUUUCAACGCUUUGAAGUUGAAGAACGGCGACCAGGACUUGGUCUUGGAGGUUGCCCAGCAUUUGGGUGAGAACACCGUCAGAACCAUUGCUAUGGACGGUACUGACGGUUUGGUCAGAGGCGAAUCUGUCACCGACACUGGUGCUCCUAUCUCCGUGCCUGUUGGCCGUGAGACCUUGGGCCGUAUCAUCAACGUUAUUGGUGAGCCAAUUGACGAGAGAGGACCAAUCAAGUCCAAGAAGAGAAACCCUAUCCACACUGACCCACCAUCCUUUGUUGAGCAGUCUACUUCUGCUGAGGUUUUGGAGACUGGUAUUAAGGUUGUCGACUUGUUGGCCCCUUACGCCAGAGGUGGUAAGAUUGGUUUGUUCGGUGGUGCCGGUGUCGGUAAGACCGUGUUUAUCCAGGAGUUGAUUAACAACAUUGCCAAGGCCCACGGUGGUUUCUCCGUUUUCACCGGUGUCGGUGAGAGAACCAGAGAGGGUAACGAUUUGUACCGUGAAAUGCAGGAGACCGGUGUCAUCAACUUCGAGGGUGACUCCAAGGUCGCCUUGGUUUUCGGUCAGAUGAACGAGCCACCAGGAGCCAGAGCUAGAGUUGCUUUGACCGGUUUGACCAUUGCUGAAUACUUCAGAGACGAAGAAGGUCAGGAUGUGUUGUUGUUCGUUGACAACAUUUUCAGAUUCACUCAGGCUGGUUCCGAGGUGUCCGCCUUGUUGGGUCGUAUUCCAUCUGCUGUCGGUUACCAGCCAACCUUGGCCACCGAUAUGGGUACUUUGCAAGAGAGAAUUACCACCACCAAGAAGGGUUCCGUCACCUCUGUCCAGGCUGUCUACGUCCCAGCCGAUGACUUGACUGACCCUGCCCCAGCUACCACUUUCGCUCACUUGGAUGCCACCACUGUGUUGUCUAGAGGUAUUUCCGAGUUGGGUAUCUACCCUGCUGUCGACCCAUUGGACUCCAAGUCUAGAUUGUUGGAUGCCUCUGUUGUCGGUAAGGAGCACUACGAUGUUGCUACCGGUGUCCAGCAGACCUUGCAGGCCUACAAGUCCUUGCAGGAUAUCAUUGCCAUUUUGGGUAUGGAUGAGUUGUCCGAGUCCGACAAGUUGACCGUCGAGAGAGCCAGAAAGAUCCAGAGAUUCUUGUCCCAGCCAUUCGCUGUCGCCGAGGUUUUCACUGGUAUCUCCGGUAAGUUGGUGAGAUUGGAGGAGACCGUCAGAUCCUUCAAGGAGGUCUUGGACGGUAAGUACGACCACUUGCCCGAGAACGCUUUCUACAUGGUUGGUGGCAUCGAGGACGCUGUUGCCAAGGCCGAGAAGUUGGCUGCCGAGUCCAAAUAA